UCCGACGUGUCCGUGGAUGGACUCUCCAGACAAGCAGCCUCAUCCAAGAGCACGUCACACCUCCACGCGAGUUCCUCAUGCUGUCCAACGCGAAGAGGAGCAACGAAGAGCAAAGAAGAGGAGCAAGGAGCAAUUACGCACAGAAAGUCUCAUGCUUCGCCGAGAAGCGUUUGUUCUUCGUGAAACCAGUUAUGGCCAGAUAGCAGCAGCAUCGCUUUUGUGGAUCCAAUCUCUCGGGAGCAGAUGCUCAGUCGCCAACAUAUUUACUCGGGAAUUCUCUACAGCUUUGGUCCCUAGAGAUCCAUCUCCGGAGAUUUCCAUGUCGUCGCUUCAGCGAUCACGAGCUCUGCCCAGCUCCGAAUUCCUGCAACAGAAGGAUCAUGCUUCCAAUUACUGUGUGGAGAAGCCUCAGAAUGCAGCCGCUAGUUUGAGGAAGAUCUUUUGUUCUCAGCAAGUUCAGCAAACGAGGCUCGCACCCGCGGAAAGAAUCAAGCAGGGUUUCCAGAGAUUCAAGCAAGAGACAUACAACCAAAAACCAGAGCUCUUCAGCCAAUUGGCCACAGGACAACAUCCCAAGUUCAUGGUGAUCGCUUGCUCCGAUUCUAGAGUUUGUCCCACAACAAUUCUGGGGUUCCAGCCAGGGGAAGCAUUUGUCGUUCGCAACAUUGCAAACAUGGUGCCUCCUCCGGAACAGGCUGGCUAUCCAGGAACGAGCGCAGCUCUUGAAUACGCAGUCACGGCUCUCAAGGUCGAGAACAUUUUGGUGAUCGGACAUAGUAGAUGCGGCGGCAUCAAGGCUCUCAUGACACAAAAAGAAAACACAAACAAAUGGAGUUCGUUCAUUGAGGACUGGGUCGAAAUCGGACGUCCAGCUCGUGCCGUGACGCUCGCCGCAGCAGCCCAGCAGCAAGUUGAGCACCAAUGUACAAAAUGCGAGAAGGAAUCCGUGAAUGUGUCGCUGGCAAACCUUCUUGCCUUCCCUUUCAUCAAGGAAGCGGUCUCCAGCGGCACGCUUGCUCUCCAUGGCGGCUACUACAACUUUGUGGAGGGCUCGUUCGAGUACUGGUGGUACGGAAUUGACGGGAAGAGCGAGGUGUCCAAGUUCUAGAUCUCCUGGAGGUCAGUUUGUUAUUUGAUUGAUCGAUUGGAAGCGUGAUCAUCGUCACUCCUGCUUGGAAAGCCAUUCUGCCCUCCAUUCCAAAGGGGAUAUCAAGACGUGAUCGACUUUCCAGCCACAUUCUUGCAUCUACAAUGAAAGAGAAUAAGAAACGAUUGUGAUGAUUUACUGCU